AUGGCCUCGACCUUACCCAAGCUGCCUGUCUUCCAGGCCAUUGCGAAGCACGACCCGCAAAGCACCGCCGUCGUUCACUCGCUAUCCGGUCGCACUUUCACCUACGGAAACCUGGUCAAUGACAUUGCAAAGGCCAAGGAACAGCUGCAGCAAAACGCCAAUGGCAAGAAGCUCGAGGGCGAGCGCAUAGCCUUCCUCGUAGAGAACAGCUAUGAUUAUGUCGUGACCCUCCUGUCCAUCCUUGCUAGUCAAGCCAUUGCUGUGCCAAUGUCUCCCGCCUUUCCCGCUCACGAGUUACAGUACAUUGUCAAUCAAAGCGGGGCCUUCAUGCUGCUUGCCUCGGACAAGUAUCAAGACAAGGCGCAAGAGGUGCUCAAAGCUGGUCUGGAACAUCAGCCCAUCUCUGCAAAGGUCGAGAAAAGAUUGGACGGUGCCAAGGGAAAUGGUGAUGUCCAAUUCAGUGAUGCCGCGGACUCUAAGGCCGGCAUGAUGCUGUAUACGUCCGGAACCACGAACAGACCGAAAGGAGUGCUCAUUCCAGUCUCGGCCCUCACUGCGCAGUCGCAGUCUCUGUUCGAGGCUUGGGAAUACAGCUCACAAGACCGCCUGCUUCAUCUUCUUCCCCUUCAUCACAUUCAUGGCACUGUUAAUGCCAUCCUAACACCUCUCCUUGCUGGUUCGAGCAUAGAAUUCAUGUUUCCUUUCAAUCCAAACACUGUUUGGGAGCGUUUGGCGGCACCAUUUAUUCCGAACGCGGAGAAAACGAAGGAAAAGAUUACCUUCCUAACGGUGGUGCCCACUAUCUACAAUCGUCUUUUGCAUGCGCACAAGAGCUUGUCUCCUGAAAUGCAGGAAGCCGCCAGAACGGCAAUCAAGCAUGAGAAUCUGCGGCUUAGCAUCUCCGGUUCGGCAUCGCUCCCUACCCCUACAAAAGCUGCUUGGUCUGAGCUUAGUUCCGGAAACGUCUUGCUGGAGCGCUACGGCAUGACAGAAGUCGGCAUGGCCCUCAGUUGUGGCCUCGACUUCACCGACCGUGUGGAUGGUAGUGUGGGCUGGCCUCUUCCAUUCGUCGAGGCGCGCCUCGUCGACACCGAUACGAACGAAAUAAUUAAUGAAGGCGAGGAGAUCUCAGCGGAUGGUAAAGAACGCCAGGGUGAAAUUCAGUUGCGCGGCCCUACCAUAUUCAAGGAAUAUUGGAACAACCCCGAGGCCACAGCAAAGGAGUUUGUAGACGGCGAAGAUGGCAAAGGCCGGUGGUUCAAGACCGGUGAUGUGGCUAUCCGCAGAGAUGUACCAACUGCUGGAAAGAACACCCAGCCAUGGUGCAAGGGUAAAAUGUAUUUCAUCCAGGGAAGAAAAAGUGCCGACAUUAUCAAGAGUGGUGGCGAGAAGGUCAGCGCACUAGAGGUCGAGAGAGAGAUGUUAUCCCUCCCCGAAGUCGCGGAAUGCGCGGUAGUCGCUCUUCCCUCUGAACAAUGGGGCCAAAGAGUGGCUGCUGUCGUUGUCUUGACCGAGACAGGUCUCACGGCUGGAAAAGGUGGGAAAAGGUGGGGGCCUCUGGAUAUGAGAAGAGCGUUGAAGGACAAGCUCGCAAACUACAAGAUCCCGCAGGAGAUGAAGCUUGUGGACACGAUCCCGAGGAAUGCCAUGGGCAAGAUCAACAAGAAGACGCUCGUGCAAGAUGUCUUUGGAGACCGGCCCAAGACACCCCCAAAAUGA